AUGGACGAACUGUUGAACCGAAAAUCCAUUGCUGUUCAAAUCGUUAAAGACAAAGAAGUUGAAACGGAAGACGAAAUAAAACAACGUCAAACGUUAAGAAAAGAAAUUGCAAAUAUUAAAUACCCACUUAUCAUUGGGAAUUUAGACAAACUGAAUUCUCAAAUGUGCCAGAUGGAAAGAAACAUGUGGAGUCCCUGCCCUUUGGUGUAUGAUGAAAACAACAUUGAAAAUCAACUGAAUGGCAGGAUUACUGGUGCAAUAUGCCACACCCAGAAAAUAAAUGAUACAAGUUCUUCAAUUUACAGCUGGCUUGCAAAAUCGGCUGAACCAAAUUCCCUGAAAAGAAACGAUGGUCCCAAGUUUAUUGAGACUUAUCAAUGUCCUAGCUUUGAUGAAAAUGACCAGACUCCUUUACCACAUAAUGUUUGUCCCAAAGGAAUGUUGGCAAAAGCUCUCAAGGCUCAAUAUUCACCCUGUAGAGUGCCAUUCCGUCCGACAUUUGACAAAUUACUCUAUUCAUCAACAUGUCAAGAUAUACUAACGGACAUUUUCUGGCAUUUGUUUCUCUCACACUUCCACUCCAUUCCAAAAGUUCAGAUGAAUCUCUUUCAUCGAGUUGCAAAGAAUUAUGUCACUCUAAUUCAACUUGCAAGGGAUACAUAUUUUACAGAUUCCUUCUUUCGAGAAUUACCAUUCUUGAUGCCACAAGCAAUUUAUGCUGCAUUUCUUCAUUGCUUUACUGAUUCUUCACACCAUUUUGAUUCAACAUUUAAAGAAACAAUAAUCAACUUGGUAUGGUUGUGGAUGACAGGCAUCACUCCUUCCCCAGGAAUUUGGAAAAUGUGGAACUGCAAACUGCUGGAAGCUGACAACAUGAUAAUGUCUGAGAGCAAAUUUGAAAGGAAAAAAUCCAGAACCUGGAAUUUCCAGGAGACAAAGAAUGACCAAAAUCUUCGUAGAGAUUCUAGAAAUAAGAAACCAUCUGCUACCAAAGAUGAUAUCCAGUCGUCGUUGAUGCUUGACAAUGAAAUUCCUUCUGAUAAUUUCCAAAGUCAUUUCACAAGAAAUGAAGAUUUUGUGAGAGCCAAAACCAACACAAAGGAACCAAAUCAACUUUCAACUUUUGAGAAAAGCAAAAAGCCAAAUACAAAAUUGGUAAAAACUGUUUUCAACAUAAAUGAAAGUUGUCCUUUGGUGCAACACUUUCUGCGAAUCCAAAAUGCAGAAUUGCAUGCUGGGUCAGUCAAUCGAAUAAGAAGAACGCAAAUAGAAUCCUCACAACCAAAAACUGACUGA